UCUCUCUCUCUCUUUGUUAUUUUCUAGCCGCUCCGAUGUACCGAGCGCCGGUCAGACCUCAGCGGAGUCCCGGAGCUCCGCGGCCGACUGAACGGUACCCCUCCCCGGCCUCCUGCUGGGGCUUCCCUGGGGCUCGCUCACCCUACGGAGGGUCUGCGCGGGGCGGCCCCGCUUACUCCCCGGACUCUCCGGUCCAGUCGACGGGUUUUAACCGAGGAUACAGGGACGGUUAUCCAUCCGGGUUCGGUAGUGGACCCCGGGGGUUUGGAGACUCUCCAUCCGGGUUCGGUAGUGGACCCCGGGGGUUCGGAGGACAGAGGCGGCCCAGAGGUGGUUUCCGGUGGGCUCAGUCCUUCAGUCCCUCAGCUCACAACGUCCGGGGUGAAUCUUCAGUGGAGAAAUAUUUCAGUCCGUCGAUGCUUCAGGAUCCUUGGGAAGCCCUUCAGCCGGCUGCAGACGCUCAUUCAGACAGACAGAUGUCCUGAAAGAAGACAACAAGAGACACUAAACUACAACAGGAAGCAACAUAGCAGCUACAGACAGACAAUCCGACAGGAAACAACAAGAACAAUAAUACACUUCAGCUGGUUUCUAAAGAAGAAAAGAGACCAAUCACAGGCUUGUUUCAUCAUCACAUGUCUGCAGCCUGUCAGUCAUUCACACUCAAAAGUCCCUCCAGUCACCUGUCGAGGUGUUGGACAUGUUUCAACAGCUUCACUCAAAAUAUCCAGCAGGUUUGGUGAAGUUUGGACAAACUGUCACUGAUUUAUGGACAGAUUUGAUCUGUUGAGUGGUUCAACAUUAUUAUAUCCUGAGUUUUGUAUUGAUCAAAAAAUCUGUUCAUGAUUUAGGUUCGGAUUUUAAUUUGUAGUCCCGCUAGUGGUGGAUUUGUGGUUUCAGGUUCUCUUAUUCUGCAACUUUUGUGUCUUGUGUUUUUGGAUGUUAAUAAAAGCGCCACCAUGUGGUCAGUUUGACUCAUAA